CUGGGAGCUACCCUUAAAUGUAGUGCUUGGCUCUGUGUAAGAAGGAAAGAGACUCUCCAGGAGUUCAGGAAUCCAAGUCCAGGCUCAGCUGUGAGCUUCCCCUGACAUCGCUGCCCCUGGCUCCACAUGGCCACCGCUGAGGUGGCAGCAGGAGAGGACAGGGAGUCCCUGAUGCUCUGACGGUUGCCAUGUCUGGGAAGCACUGGCCCCCCGGGACGCAGUGUGUCACCAAGCAUGACCACAGCAAGCCCAAGCCCCGGGAGUUGGCCUUCCGCAAGGGUGACAUGGUCACCAUCAUUGAGGCUGUGGAGGGCAAAGGCUGGUACCGCGCCAGGCACAACGAGACGGGGCAGGAGGGGCUGCUGGCAGCCAGCGCACUGCGGGAGCGUGGGGCCAUCCGCGCCGACCCCAAACUCAGCCUGAUGCCAUGGUUCCAUGGGAAGAUCUCAGGGAUGGAGGCAGUGCAGGAGUUGCAGCCCCCCGAGGAUGGGCUGUUCCUGGUGCGUGAGUCUGUCCGGCACCCUGGUGAUUACGUGCUGUGCGUGAGCUUUGGCAAGGAGGUGAUCCACUACCGCGUGGUGCACGAGGAGAACACACUCAGCAUCGACAGCCAGCAGUACUUCUCCAACCUCAUUGACAUGAUUGAGCAUUACAUGAAGGAGCAGGGAGCCAUCUGCACCAAACUGGUGAAGCCCAAACCAAAAUCUGGGAUGAAGUCAGCUGAGGAGGAGUUGGCCAAAGCUGGCUGGUUGCUGAACCUGAAGCACCUCACACUUGGAGACCGCAUUGGGCAAGGCGAGUUUGGAGAUGUCCUGCAGGGCGAGUACAUGGGGCAGAGGGUGGCUGUGAAGAACAUCAAGUGUGAUGUGACUGCCCAGGCCUUCCUUGCUGAAACAGCUGCCAUGACGAAGGUCCGGCACAAAAACCUUGUGUGCUUACUGGGAGUGAUCCUGCACAAUGGCCUCUACAUUGUCAUGGAGUUCAUGAGCAAGGGCAACCUGGUGAACUUCCUGCGCACACGGGGCCGGGCGCUCGUCUCGACCCAGCAGCUCCUCUUGUUCGCCCUGGAUGUGGCUCAAGGCAUGGACUACCUUGAGUCCAAGAAGUUGGUGCACCGGGACCUGGCUGCCCGCAACAUCCUCAUCUCCGAGGAGAACGUGGCCAAAGUGAGCGACUUCGGCUUGGCCCGGGUCAACCCCAAGGGUGCAGAUGCCACAUUGCUCCCUGUGAAGUGGACGGCACCAGAGGCCCUGAAACACAACAGAUUCUCCUCCAAGUCGGAUGUGUGGAGCUACGGGAUCCUCCUGUGGGAAACCUUUUCCUUUGGACGGGCACCCUACCCCAAGCUGGCCCUGAAGGAGGUGACAGAGCUGCUGGAGCAGGGGUACCGCAUGGAUCCUCCCGAGGGCUGCCCACCCACCGUCUAUACCCUAAUGAAGAGCUGCUGGGAGUUGGAGCCAGGCAAGCGCCCGUCCUUCAAGAAACUCACAGAGAAGCUGCAGAAGGAGCUGAAGCACCUGAGGGACAUUUAACCCCCAUCCUGUUACCAGGACCCAGGACCUGAAGCCCCAAGACCCUCUAGGGUUGGGAGUGGUAGGGCAGUUGGGGCCAGGAACAGAAAGAAAGGCUUGUGGUGCUGCUCUCUCCCUGUGGAGAUGGGGCAGCAGCCUCCCUCCAUCCCAGCAUGGUCCUUCUACCCACCUCACAGCCCAGAGAAUGUUUCCAUGGGAUUGAUCUCCCCUGACCCACCAGAGUGGGGAGCCCAGACCCCAAGGGAGCCAUGCCCACACCCCCUGUGCUCAGCCCCAGGAGCAGAUGCUGCAUGUGGGGUCCCUUCAAGCUGCAACUCCCCAUGAUGAGAGACAGGACUGGAUAUUUCCAUCGGUGGAGGAUGAGACCCCAUCCUGACUCAGCGCUGCCCCAGCACCCAGCCCCACACAGGGAUGCCAGCACAGCCAGCUAAACCCCAUGGAUUUGGACUUUUUGAUUAAACCAAAGAAACUA